UGUAAAAUGGGUGGCUACUCUAGAAGAUGGCAGAGUUCUUUUUUUUUUGCCAGCUCUUAAGGUCUAGGACAUUUCACCACUGUGAGGUCAACAAACAAUGGCAUGACAACUCAAGAGGAUGCAAGUGGGAUGUUUCAAAGGACAAGUAUUUGGAUUGUGUCAUUACAUGGAAGCAUGAUUCCACAGCAGCAGGCCACAGGGCAGCAUUUUGGGGUUUGCCACUCCACCUCGAUCCAUCUGCACUGCGACAGUUUCUCCCUCUCCUCUGCCAUGCAAGGAUGUUGCCCAUAUCCCCAGAGCCUAGCACUGUACUUGGCAUGCAGCCGGCGCUCAAUAAAUACUUGCUGAAUGUCUGAAUGCUUCGUGCCAGUGCUGGGUUGCCACUCGGCCCCAAGGGAGUCAGGGAGAUCAGAGGAAAGCUUUUGGCAUCCUGCCACGCCUUACAUUAGCAGCAUCUUCUCCGAGUCCCGACAGCCAGCCCCCUGGGACGCCAUUGGAGCCAGCUGA